AGUCUUUUCUUGAAUUUUGUCGUGAAUUAAAUUAAAAAUGAAAAAGACAAAAAGUUCAUUCGUGAUGGAAAAAUUAUUUCUAUGGAUUUCCAUCUGUGUCCUCUUCUUUGCUACCAAGACUACUGGACAGGAUAUUCAGAACAAAAAUAUUCACUGCGACAAAUGGGAUUCAAUUGCAGAGGAGCACAUAGAAUACUCUCUGCACAAUGAUUAUGACUAUUAUUAUCGACGACAUACAACAACAAGGAAGACCUACACCUACACGUAUGAAUGCACUGUGCGAAAUUACGAGAUUGCAAGUGAUCGUGAUUACUACAUUGAUAAAAGUGAUAAAAUUUACAAAUUAACCAUUGAGGAUUCUUCAAUGAACGGCCUUCCUGUGAAGUUAUUCAAGCAUCUAACAAAUCUUCAAACUCUCAUUGUUAAGAAAACAUCUCUCCAGCAUGUUGAUGAGAUAAAACUCCCUAAAGUAACUCAAAUUGAUUUAUCAGAAAAUGAAAUUGUCUCUCUGCACGAAAAUACCUUUGCGGAAUGCUCCAAAUUAAGCGAAAUAAAUCUAUCUAACAAUAACAUUUCAAUCCUUCAAGGACCAUUCUUUGAUUCAAAUCAAGAAAUAAAGAUUCUCGAUUUAUCCUACAACAAAAUUACGAAUAUUACGGAAUAUACAUUUAAUGACUUUCAUGUUGAAUCUCUGAAACUUUCACACAAUCACCUCGAAGUGUUGGACUUGAAUAGAUUUUCUGAACUAUCGUAUUUAAAUUCUUUAGAUUUGAGCUACAAUAAAUUAAAAUCCAUUAAAGCUUUUGAGGAUUUUGAAGGAGGAAAUUUUACAGCUGAAUCAGUGCAAUUGCAGUUCAACAACUUGACAUCGCUAAAUUUGAAAUAUUGCGAUAUAAAACAAAUUUAUGCAUCCAACAAUAAGCUGAAAAGUGUGGAAAUUGGUGGAAAUUGUGUUACACUUGAUUUGCAAAAAAAUGAAAUAACUGAUUUAACUCUAACUGCAUCAUUAAAUUCAUUAAAUUACCUUUACAUGAAUGAGAACAAUCUGGGGAAUGAUCUUCAAGAUAUCUGCAAAUGCACAAAUUUAGUAAAACUCUACUUAAACAGCAAUAAAAUUGAUAAUCUUGGCUCUUGCUUAUCACAAAUGAUCUCUCUAACUUAUUUAACUUUGAAGGGAAAUAAAAUUUAUGAAUUAUCUCAUGAUAAUUUUUCACCAAACAAUCGAAUUACGUACCUUGACUUAUCCUUCAAUCAAUUGGAAAGCAUUGAUGAGUACACAAUGUCAACUUUUACAGAAUUAACAAUUUUGCUCCUGAGUGGAAAUCGAAUUGUUGAUUUCUACGAUAAUCCAAAAGAUUUAAUGCCAAACAUCAAUAAAAUCGGUUUGUCGCACAAUAAAUUUAAAUGUUCAAAAUUAUACCUUCUUCUGAGGCAAUUCAAGAAGCAAAAUGUGGAAGUUUAUGUCGAUAAAGGAUCACCCUUCAACACCACAAACAUAAAUGGUAUUCAAUGUUUCUACAAUCACGAACAGGAAUUACUGAAAAGUUCCAAUUCAACGGACACAUUGCCCACAAAAGCCGAAGAGAAAAUAUUUUUCAUUCUGGAAAAAUUGAAGAAAAUUGAAAAUAAAGUCAAUAAUGUUUCCUCUGUAGGGAAAAGUGUACAGGAAAUAUCAAAAAUUACCACGAAUUUGCAAAAACAAUUAAAAAUUGUUGAAAAUUCCCUAUCAACCAUUAAACAGAACAUUUCUUCUGUAGAGUCUAUGGAUAAAAAGUUUAAACUUUUGAAUGAAUCAGUGAAGAAUUUAAUAAAUCAAUCCAUUUCUGCGCAAAAUUUGAAGAAAGAAGGUGAGAAGGAUCAAGACAAUCUCAAGAAUGAAUUAAAUUUAAAUGAUUUACUGAGUUUGAAAGUUAAAACUGACGCAGAAUCUUCAUCUUCAAACACUUUAAACUACGUAAUUGUGUUCUUACUCAUUGCAAUUGCCUUAGCUUUUAAUAACCGCGCAUGGCUCCGAAGAAAAUGA